AUGAGUGCUGAAAUAUCGAAUGCUAUUAAAGACUCUAAAGUAGAACGAAACACUAUUACACUGUCUGAAAACGGCCUUAUUAAAGUAUCAACAUUAGUGGAAAUAGGAAGAGCUGACGUCCCACAAUCAUUGGUAGCAACAGAAGAUUCUUUGACGUUAGAAGAAGUAAAAACAUCUGAAGUGUCGUCCAGUACAGCAGCCACAUCAGCCAAAUUGUCAGUAGUGUCGAAAUCAUCAAAAACAGCUGAACCAUUAUCAUCAGCAAGAGAUGUACCACCUUCCCCAGCAGGUUCAAAAUCAAGUCCAGAAUCUGUGACUAGUCCAUCAAUCAGAAGAACAGAGGCAAGACCAGUGGUACAAAAUGCCACUCAGAUAUCAUCAACAGAAGAAAAAUCAACACCAUUGAAGCAUCAUUUAUCAGCUUCAUACACAGCUUCAACGUCCACGGUAAUGUCAGCGCCAACUGUAGUUCAAGAUUUAAACGAAAAUACAGUUUCAGCUAAAGUUCCAGUAUCAAUUGGAACAUCAAUUACGAAAACGGACUCAGCAUCAAAACUGGCAGCAUCCUCAACAUCCACUGAAUCAUCAGCUUCAGAAACACCUCCAGCAUCCACUGAAACAGCAGCUACAACUACAGAUGCAACAAGUAUGGUGGCAUGUCCAGGGCAUUAUGAUAUAGAAAUAUUACUGAAGGAGACAUUUACAGACUCCACAAUUUAG